CAUCUUCUUCAGUUACGUUCGUACGCACACCACGGCGUCGUCUGCGGCAACGAGACAGCCCUGGCACCACAUCCUCGCGUGUGUGCAGCUUCACCAAGGGUACAAGAGUUUAUUUUGUUGUUCUUUUUUUAGAUGCUCAAUUGCGCCCCAGUGCACAGCACCUUAUUGUUUCACCUUUUUUUCCUCUCGACCGUGUUUCCGUUGUUGUUGUGGUGAAUGAAAGUGAUGUGCUCUUAGUGUUGUGUUUUGUGUAUUACCCCGUUUUUCUCCCUUUCUUCCCGCCCCCUCCCACAAACCCCUGGCCCACGCCCUGCCCGCACCUGCACACGUUUAAUUAGAUCCUUCGUCUCUUGGCCCAUCCCAACCAACACCACACGGUGUCUCAUCCCAUCCCACCCGGUCGGUCUUGAGUCCUUGAGUGUAAGGUGCUUCAUUCAGAAAAAAAGGGGCGCUGGGCACGGUUUGGCUUACAGCGAAAAAGGUGUGGGUGGGUCACGCUGGUAGAAAACGGCGAGCUGCGAACUUUCGGUCCGCAGCUUGCUUCACAACCAGAAGGUUUUAUCAGCAAUGGGGCGGCGUACGAGUGAAAUUGCGGCACCAGCGGGAAGAGGCGCACGAUCCGCUGCGCUGCUUCUGCCGCUGCUGCUGCUGAUCGGUGGUGGAUCUUCGUUUAACCUCGAAACGCGUCAUUUGCUGGACAAACAUGGGCUGCCGGGCUCGUACUUCGGUUACUCGGUCGCCGGCCACAGCCAGCGCGUCGGUUCCGGGACCGGAAAUACAACCAACUGGAUGCUGGUGGGCGCACCGCUCGGGCAGAAUCUGCAGCCCGGUUCGAACCAUUCCGGCGCCCUGUUCCGGUGCCCGAUCACGCUUGCCCCGUCCGAUUGUACGCAGGUCAUCACCGAUGGCCACCGGACGGACGAUAUCGACGAUGAGGAUGGUACGGGUGACUCAGACAGCUUGCACCGUUUGGAACCGCCGGGAAAGGAUGAGAUCAAGAACAACCAAUGGUUGGGCGUGACGGUGGAAACGGGCGGUCAGGAGAAUAAGAUCUUCGUGUGUGCACAUCGGUACAUUAAGAUCAACAAUCCACAGUCGCUGGCGUACGCGCCGUCCGGUCCCGGCUCCACCGGGCUGUAUCUCGGCCAGGGCGUCUGUUACGUGCUGAACGAGGACUUUUCGUUCGGGUUUGCGGUGGAGGUGUGCCGGGGCCGUUCGAUCGAGCGCGAACAUCAGCAGUAUGCGUUCUGUCAGUCCGGCACGUCCGGUGCGGUGUUACCGGACGGUACCGCACUGAUCGGCACGCCCGGCGCCAUGACGUGGAAGGGCACACUGUUUAACGUUGCGAUCGAGGGCGGAUUUCUAUCGCGCGACAAAUUUCAGUACUUUGCACCGCACGACAACCUCCAUUCGCCGGUCCCGAACUACAGCUAUCUGGGGAUGUCCGUGACCGGGGGCCGGUUUUUCGGCGAGUACAUGGCGUACGCGGGCGGUGCACCGCGUGCCGCCCAGGGCAACGGUGAGGUGGUCAUCUUUUCGAACCGCUUCAAAAAGAAUCCCUUCGAGCAUGUCGUGUCGCUGCGCGGCGAACAGUUUGGUUCGGGAUUCGGCAGUACGCUUGCUUCGGCGGAUGUGAACGGCGAUGGCCGGCCGGACUUGCUUGUAGGAGCGCCGAACUAUUUCAACCGCACGGACGGAGGAGCCGUCUACGUGUACCUGAACCGUGGCAACAGCUUCGUCCAGGAGUACGAUCAACGGUUGACGGGUCGGCUCGAGUCCCGGUUCGGUACAGCCAUCGCUAACUGUGGCGAUUUGAACCACGACGGGCUGGACGAUGUGGCGAUCGGUGCACCGUACGAAUCGUCCGGCACCGGACGCGUUUACAUCCAUUUCGGUACGAAGGACGGUGCACUGUCGCCGGAACCGGUGCAAACGAUCGAUCCGGCCGAUCUGUUUACGACCAGCUGGCGCACGUUCGGUAGCUCCCUUGCCGGCGGACACGAUCUGGACGGUAACUCUUACCCCGACCUGAUCAUCGGUUCGUACGCGAGCGACCGGGUCGUGGCACUGUUUGCCCGGCCGAUCAUCAACAUCCGCACGUACGAGGAGCAGCAACCGGGCGAACCGGUGUCCAUCGAUCCGACGCGUCUCGGGUGUGCGAGUGACCCGUCCGCAAACGUUACCUGCUUCACGUUCCGUGCCUGCAGUGCCGUUGACGAUGCGUCGCUGAACGAUGGUGAAGUGAUGGCGGAUUCGACGUUGCAGCUGCGCAGCACCAUCCAGGCGGAAACGUUCUUCAACGAGCGCAAAUUCUCACGCGUCUACUUCGGCAACGGACCGCUGCCGGCGGCGGCAAACAGCAACCAAACGGGUAAAGGUGCCGUUGCGCGCACCAACAUCUUCCGGCGACGGUUCCGGCUGGCUGUGAGCGGUAAGCCGGUGUGUCACGAGGUGACCGCCUACCUGAAGGAAGGUACGCGCGACAUCCAGAAUCCGAUCCAGUUCCGCAUCAGCUACACGCUGGACGAGGAGCGGGAGCAUGCACGGGGCGGUGGACGUGCCCGAAGCCGUAUGGAGCGCGAUCUGCCGCUGCUGGAACCAAUCCUGAAUCGGACCGCCGCGGAACGGACCUUUACCAUGCCGUUCCAGAAGGAUUGCGGUGUGGAUGGUAUCUGCCGUUCGGCGCUCGUGAUUCGCAAUGCGAGCCUCGUUGGAUUGGCCCGAGGUUCGGAUGCGAACCAGCUGACGGUUGGGCUCGAUCGUACGCUUACGCUUGCGCUGAACGUACAGAACAAAGCUGAUUCGGCGUACGAGACGCACCUUUACGUGGUGCACGAUGCUUCCCUCACGUACGCCGGGUCUAAGGGUUCGUCUGUUUGCGGCGCACACAACGCAACGGUGGUUGACUGCAGUAUCGGGAACCCGAUGAAGCGGAACGGAGAGGUGCAGCUGUCACUGCGGUUCGAUGCCCGCUCGCUGGAGGAGUACGGCUACAGCAAUGGACCGAACGGGAUUUCGCAUUACGUCGGGCUGGCCGUGUUCGUCAACACUACGUCGCAGGAUACGACGGGCUCCAAGACACGCACCGCCCUCAAACUGCACAUCCUGCGUAUGGCCAAGCUAAGCAUCAGUGGCAAAGCGUUACCGGAACAGGUGUUCUACGGUGGCGGUGGUGCGGAGGUGAAGGGUGAGAGUGCGAUCCACUCGCUGGAGGAAAUCGGUAUGCCAGUGGAGCACAAGUAUCAGAUUUAUAAUGACGGACCGUGGCGUGCACCAUUUGUAAGGUUAGAGAUUGACUGGCCACUGCAGGUGGCGAACAAUAAGCCACAGGGCAAAUGGCUCCUGUACCUUGACGCGCUACCAAUGCUCGACAUGUCCGGCAUAAUGGGUGAAGGCCGCAGUCCCUGUGAGGUGCUGCCGAUAUCGGAAUCGGACGGUGGUGCUGUCGUACCGGGCAGUGCUGCCUCACUCGUAAAUCCGCUCGGUCUGCUCGACCGGUCCGCCGGCUCUAGCUACGCCCGGUCGACCAUGCGUUCGGAUUUCUCGCAAAUGCGGGCGCCACGUGUACGGCGGGACCGGGCAAUGGUGUUGCGUCCGCAGACGAGUGACGGUGCGGUCGGGAUGGACUGUGCCAGCCAGACGGCCAAGUGUGUGCGGAUCGUGUGCAAAAUUCACGACCUCGGUCCGAAAGCGCACGCCCUCGUGACGGUUACCGCCCGGCUGUGGAACGCCACGCUCGUGAGCGACUAUGCGGGCGUCGACAUGGUGCGGAUCGGUUCGAGCGCCCGGUUUACGGUGGAGGGUUUGGACGAGGUGACGGACCAGCCCGCGCUACCCUCUAGUCUGACCGUGCGCACCGAAGCCUUCCCGGAGAUGGGGCCACCGAUCGUCGCGAUGGAUGUGCCGUGGUGGAUCAUCAUUCUAGCGGCCAUCGCCGGUUUGCUGGUGCUGAUUGCCUUCACGUACAUACUGUACCGGUGCGGGUUCUUCCGCCGGAAGCGCCAUACCGGGGAGGAUCCGACGCUCAGCGGCAAUCUCGAGCGACGCCGCGAUCCGGCCGGUGGCGGCGCAUACGACGAGCUGAACGACACCAACGGCAGCGGGGGCGGAACGGCCGAACGGAAACCCUUCCUCGGUCGUCGCUCCUAGAGGAACAAUGCGAGCGAGGGGGUGAUGUGUUUGUUCUUAUACGAGGAGGUAACCGACCACCAACCAGACUAGACUGCAGAGCAUUCGAAUGUGCCAUUUUCUUACCCUAUCAUUUCCUUUCCAACCACACCGCGCUGGGUUGAGGGAAAUUUCGUAAUUUUGUUACUUAAAGAAGCAAGGUGUGAGUGUGUUUUUUUUAAAUUGUUUGUUUGUAUGUUCGCGUGUGCCUUUUAACCAGGCCCCGACCAACACAGGCGGGACUUAUUUUCUACGAAAGAUGUCUUCCACGUUGGAGGCGCGCGACCGCACAACGGUUUGUAGGAAAAGCGUAGUUAUAAUAAUAUAUUAAUAUUAUUGUUUUACACAUAGCAAAUAACUUUCCGGAAAAGCAGAAAAGCAGAAAAAAAACCCGACACGUCGUUCUAGUGUUAGUGCUCGGGGCAAACGGAUAGUUUUUAUAAUUGGAUUUUUAAAACGUAAACCACUUUCCAUACGUUUCAGUUAAGCAGAUUUAUACAUGUAUAAAAUGCGGCGGCUACGAAAGAGAAAGAGAGGGAGAGAAAGAUAGAAAACAGAGGGAUGAGUAAAGUGUUAUAUACAAGUAGGUAGUACUUUCUGGCUUAGUUAUCACCUUGCCAAACGAAUUCGAAUAUAGUAUGCUUAACGAGAAUGAAACGCUUCAAACCCAAUCCCCGUUCAUUUAGGUGCUGUUAUAGGUUUAGUAGUAGAAUCCUGUUUUAUUUUUUCCUACAAAUAUUUUUAAA